CCCACUAGUCCACUAGCCACUCAAGCCAUCCCUAUGAAGUUCCUAGCCAUCUUUACCCUCCUAGCCCUCUCGAGCUACGCUCUCCUCACCGAUUCUACUGUCCCCGCCACAGAGGACAUUCAACCCAACGUCGUCUUCGUCUCUCGCGCCAACGACUACCCAUACAAAUCCUCCUGCCCUGGCGGCAGCGGCCGCGACAGCUGGAACUUCAACAAGUGGGAAAGUGAAUCCUUCGUCGCCUGGCACAAAAACGACCGGCUCGCCGAGCAGUUCAGGAUCGUCUACAGAGGGCAGCGUUUCGGCAAUCCGAAUAACUGGGUCAAUGCUGCGCGACGCGCGGGCGUCAUGGUGAAUGGGAUCCCCAGGGCGAGUUGUGUGGCUGUGACUUGCCGGUCCUGCGGGACAUGUGGCGUGGGUUACGAAGGUGGCAGAUGGGAAUGUUACGGUGGAAGAGUAUGA